AUGAAGGAGUUCAGUUCUAUAGGAUAUGCUAAAUGUUGCCAUGGAGAAGGCGUCCCGCGUAUGUCUACAAACACCAUGGCAACAGCAACUAAUGGGUUAAUGUGUAGCACCAGGUGUGUAUCAUUCUCAAACCAUGACACUCACGCCUCUCUAAAACCAUUGAACAACCGUCCAUAUCAGCAAUUACACGAUCCUGAUACAAUGGUUUUCAAGAACGGCGCAACACACUUUGGCUACAAAAACAAUGAACUGUACAACGUAUUCGACGAACGUAUUAUCAUGUCUAACAAAUGCAGCACCAAGUUAACGAGUGCAGAACCACAAGAAAGGAAGUUUGCGGAGGAUUCUAAGAGGACAGCAACAUAUGUGCAUAUAGUGCAACCAAAAGAAUCAAAUUAUAUCAUCCAAGAAAAAAAAUCGAUACAACUCAAUAAUAUUGAGUCAUUCGGUAACCAUUCUAAGAUCGAUGGUCAAUCACUGUCUGUACCCCGCGACUCACUAGUCAACAGGCAUGCUUGUGACCAAGUUAUGGCUCCACGAGCGGAUGUAUUCAACAAGGAUAUGAGAGCUGUAGCCUGCCAUUACCCACAACAUGUUGACCCUAGCAAUGACCAGAUUAUGGCAGUUUAUGAAUUCUAUGGAGGCGAAAAUGUUUUUGUUGAUGACGAGGUUUAUGAUAUUUCGGAUAUUAACUUUGAUUUUAUGACACUUACAGGAAACGACAUUUACGGCGAAUCAGCAGAAAAUACACCAAUGUCAAUUGUUGACAUGAUCUAUGGCGUACCAGAUAUGCCUCCGAAAACAAUGGUGUCAUCUGACGAUUCGUUGGUUAUCAGCGUACCUAUGGAGAUCUCUCCGGAGCCCAUAGAAGCGCCAUUAUACAAGCAAGUUCGUGAACGGUACCCUUCUAAAAAACAUUCUUCACCUAAGAAGACCAAACAAUCACGAGCAAACAGGGAUACCGCAGUUUCUGUGCAGGGCACAGUAGUAGCACCAAAACCCAAACAAGAGAAUGCCGAUGUUUCACUGGGUGAUGCUGAAAGCAUUGUGUGGUACCCAGGAUUCAACAGGCAAUUGGGUGCCAAAGGAAGAAGCGCUUUGCUUGAUCUUGUACGACGUGUUUACCGUCAGGAUCCUCCAUAUUACAGGGCGAUCCUCCAAGCAAGGAACCCACCUUCUUCCAUUAGUAACUUACCCUUCUUCAAUAUUCCAAUGUUAUGGGAGUUAACUCACCAAUUUGGUGUGUUUGAUCAAGCACUUUUAAUUCACAAGAACCAGGUUUCUUCAACAACGAAACCUGAGCGUGUAAAAUCAAAAUCCAAGAAUGAAAAGACCGAGGCUGUUGUACCAGCCAAUGAACCGGCACCAGUUCAUUCUGAAAAGGUUGUGGAGCCAUUGUUUGAUGGCGCUAUUGUUGAGAAAGUUGUACCCAUUGAAAACAGUUCAAGCCAAUUAUUAAAUGAAACGCUGAAUCAUUCUGACGAAAUUGAGCAUCACGAUGUAAACGUCGAAAUUGGCGUUUUUACUCCCUCUGUCCAACAAAAUGUUGAAAUAAAAGCAAUCAAGCAAAAAUCAAAGACUGAAAAUGUCAUCUUGGAAGAACCUGUUAAACAAACAUUCACAUCAUUUUCGGGACGUUCGAUUAAACCAAACAAGCGUUAUGUCGAUUACCAAGAUGAAUAUGGUCGUUCCGCAAAACGUUUGACAGCAUACCAGGAGUACACUCAAGAGACUAAAGAAGAUCCACCUGCUAAAUGCAUUAGUAUUACCGCUAGUCAGGACUAUUCGAAGGCUAUUCACGAAUGCGCGAGUCCUGCGUUAUCACAUUCUACAGCUGUCAGUCUGAACGAUACUGACGAGGUAUUGGUUGACCAAACUGUCAACAACGGCGACAUGGGUCCAUCAUCAUUGGUGUGGUGUGUAACCCAGCAGUUUGUGAAAAGGGGUCUGGACGUUGAACGUGAGGUCAUCGGCGACAGCAUGAGCCCCGUAUCAUCAUCACGUAACACCCCAACCCGUUGUAUCUCAGUGUAA